AUGGCGCCCCAGCUUGGGUCUUCUUCGGAAAUGCACUGUGACCCAGACUGCCGUCUGCCUGAGGAGUCUCUACUCGAGCCGGGGGCGGGGCUCAGAGGAGUGACGUCGUCGUGCGUCAUCGCGCUCGCGGGUGGCCACGAAGACUCGGAGGAGCGCUCGGCGCUAGGGGCGGGACGUCCCGGGAAGCCAGCUGGGCUUCCAGUGCGCAGAAGACAGUGAGGGAGCAUGUACCGGCUUCUGAGCCGAGGCCUAGGCGGGGGCCUUAUACGGGCUGUGGGGCUGUGGGGCCGGCACUACUCGGCGCUCCCGUUCCUGGCGCCGGCUGGCGGCCCGAAGCCCGAGAUGGCUGUGCCCUCUUCACGAGUUGUGCAGCACGGCCGGAGCCCGGGCCUGCUGCCGCUGGUGGCAGCGCUCGCCUGGUUCUCGAGGCCCGCUACGGCAGACGAGGAGGUGCCGGAGGGAGCGGGCGAGGCCUCCGCUGGGGACGCGGCCGAGGCCGAGAUCAUCCAGCUGCUGAAACGAGCCAAGUUGAGCAUCAUGAAAGAUGAGCCAGAAGAAGCUGAGCUAAUUUUGCAUGACGCUCUUCGUCUUGCCUAUCAGAGCGGUAACAACAAGGCCAUCACCUACACUUAUGAUUUGAUGGCCAAUUUAGCAUUUAUACGUGGUGAACUUGAAAAUGCAGAAAAACUUUUUAAAGCUACAAUGAGUUACCUGCUUGGAGGAGGCAUGAAGCAGGAAGACAAUGCAAUAAUUGAAAUCUCCUUAAAGCUGGCCAGUAUCUAUGCUGCUCAGAAUAGACAGGAAUUUGCUCUUGCUGGCUAUGAAUUCUGCAUUUCAACUCUAGAAGAAAAAAUGGAAAGAGAAAAGGAACUGGCAGAAGACAUUAUGUCAGUGGAAGAGAAAGCCAAUACCCACCUCCUACUAGGCAUGUGCUUAGACUCCUAUGCUCGCUACCUUCUGUUCACCAAGCAGCCAUCACAGGCACAAAAGAUGUAUGAGAAAGCUUUGAAGAUUUCUGAAGAAAUACAAGGAGAAAGGCACCCACAGACCAUCGUGCUGAUGAAUGACCUGGCUACUACUAUGGACGCACAAGGCCACUUUGAUGAAGCCUUCAUUCAUGUGCAGAGGGCAUCAGAUCUGGCAAGACAGAUAAAACACCCUGAGCUACACAUGGUGCUCAGUAACCUAGCUGCAAUUUUGAUGCACAAAGAACAAUAUGCGCAAGCCAAAGAGAUCUACCAGGAAGCACUGAAGCAAGCAGAGCUGAAAAAAGAUGAGGUUUCCAUACAACACAUCAGGGAAGAGUUGGCUGAGCUGUCAAGAAAAAAGUAG